UGGUCGAUUGUGGAGAUUAUUAUAUGCCAUUGCACGCUUUUCCUCUAUAAAUGAUGUUCUUCUUGAUUAUUCGUUCCAUACAUUGUUCUUAAAUCAAUGGCUGAGCAGUACAUGGCUGGAGUUGGAGGUGUUAUAGCCUCUCUUUUGGGGUUUGUUUUCUUGUACUGCAGUUCCCUAAUCAGAUUUAGGGGACUGAAGAAGCUAAACAGAGCAGCUUCAAUGGGGUUUCCAAAGAAAAACAGAGUAAACAAAACUGGAAAGAGUGAGGGUGUUGGCACUGCGGAUAUUAUCAUAGUCGGCGCCGGUGUUGCCGGUGCUGCUCUUGCCUAUUCUCUUGGAAAGGAUGGACGUCGAGUACGAGUGAUAGAAAGGGACUUAAAUGCGCCUAAUAGAAUGGCUGGUGAAAGUCUAAUACCAGGGGGCUACUUAAAGUUAAUUGAAUUAGGCCUUGAGGAUUGUGUAGAUGAGAUUGAUGCUCAACGACUUUUGGGUUAUACUCUAUACAAGGAUGGAAAGGAGGCUCUCGUAUCUUUUCCUUUGGAAAAGUUUCAAUCUCAUGUUGCAGGAAGAACAUUUCAUAAUGGUCGUUUCGUUCAAAGGUUGCGGAAAAAAGUUGCAUCUCUUCACAACAUAAGUUUAGAACAAGGGACAGUAACAUCUCUGAUCGAAGAAAAUGGUAUUGUUAAAGGAGUGCAGUACAAAAAUGAGAGUGGUCAAGUGUUGACAGCUUAUGCUUCUCUCACAAUUGUAUGCGAUGGUUGUUUCUCAAAUUUGAGACGCUCUCUUUGCUAUCCUAAGGUUGAUAUACCCUCUUAUUUUGUUGGUUUUAUACUGACGAACUGUAACCUUCCAACUAAAAAUUAUGGAGCUAUUAUAUUAGCACACCCUUCGCCAAUCGUAUUCUCUCCCAUUAGCAGCACUGAAAUUCGUUGCAUGGUGAAUGUUCCUAGUGAAAAGGUACCUUCAGUUUCCAAUGGUGAAAUGGCAUGUUACUUGAAAACUCAGGUGGCUCCCAAGGUUCUUCCUGAAUUGUACGAUUCCUUUAUAUCAGCAAUAGAGAAGAAGGGUAACAUAAGAAUAGCGCCGAAUAAAAUUAUGGCUGCUGCUCCACACCUGACUCCUGGUGCGCUUUUGAUUGGAGAUGCACUCAACAUGCGGCACGCUAUAACCGGAGGGGGAAUGACUGUUGCUCUGUCUGAUGUUGUAAUACUUAGGGAUCUUCUAAGACCCUUGCAUGAUCUAUCCGAUGCAUCCACCAUUUCUAAAUAUCUCGAAUCUUUUUACACCCUGAGGAAGCCAAUGUCAUCUACAAUAAAUAUACUGGCUAAUGUCCUACAGAAGGUAUUCAGUGCCUCGUCCAAUCCUGCAAUGGAGAAUCUGCAGCACACCUUUUUGGGGUAUUUGAGACUUGGAGGGAUGUUUUCAUAUGGAGCAUCCGCUAUGCUCUGUGGUUUAUGCCCUUCUCCAUUAAGCUUAGCAUUUCAUUUCUUUUCGAUUGCAAUAUAUGGCGUUGGCCGAUUGUUACUUCCAUUUCCUUCUCCCAAACGCUUGUGGGAUGGGGCUAAAUUGCUUUGGGUGGCAUCAAGUACUCUUCUCCCCUACAUAUACUCUGAAGGAAUCAGACAAAUGUUUUUCCCUCUAACUGUGCCAGCAUAUUAUAGAACUCCCCUAAAAAGAUCCCAAAAGAAACUUCAUGCAUUAAUUAGCAGUGUUUGUUGGAACAAUUCUAUGUUCUUAACAAAAUCUCACAUCUGUUACUAGCAUUCUUAAGUAGGAUGGUUAGUCUUUUGUAUGUGUGAUGUUUAAAAUGGUAAAUAAAUGAGCUGGCUUUUGCA